CUCAUAUGAUUGGUCAUGUUACUAUUAUCACAGGGGUUUUCAACUGGUUUGCCAGAGAGGCUACAGUUACCACUUUUGAGAACUUUGCCUGGACUUGAAAACUGCUCAAUGUUGAGGCCUGCAUAUGCUGUAGAGUAUGAUUUCUUGCCAGCUCAUCAGUGCUCUAGGUCUCUAAUGACUAAAAGAAUUGAGGGGCUUUUCUUCUCUGGCCAGAUAAAUGGUACAACUGGCUAUGAAGAGGCUGCAGCACAGGGUAUUGUAUCUGGCAUUAAUGCUGCCAGACAUUCAGAUGGUAAGUCCCUCAUUGUUCUUGAGAGGGAAAGCAGCUAUACAGGGACACUGAUCGAUGAUCUGGUGACCAAAGACCUUCGAGAGCCUUACCGCAUGUUAACAAGCCGGUCAGAACAUCGAUUGCUUCUUCGAUCUGAUAAUGCCGAUAGUCGUCUCACACCUUUGGGGCGUGAAAUUGGGUUGAUAGAUGAUAGACGCUGGGAAAUAUACCAAGCUAAACAAGCCCGGAUUGCAGAAGAAAAAAAAAGACUGAAAACUGUCAGAAUUUCACCUUUAGGUGGAGAUUUGGCUGCUGAUGUUACUCAACUGUCUGGUCAACCUGUUAAAGACUCUUCAACACUAGAGAGUCUUCUCAAGAAACCUCACAUACAAUAUGAAGUUCUUGAUAAGCAUGGUUUUGGAAACAAAAUGUUAUCCAGAGUAGAGAAAGAAUGUGUUGAAAUUGAUAUAAAGUAUGAGGGCUUCAUUUUGCGCCAGCAAAUCCAACUCCAGCAGAUGGUCCAUCAACAGAAUAGACCACUUCCAGAGGACUUGGAUUACUAUGCAAUGACAACAUUAUCUCUUGAAGCACGUGAAAAACUCUCCAAGGUCAGACCCCAAACCAUUGGUCAAGCUAGCAGAGUUGGUGGAGUAAGCCCCGCUGACAUUACUGCUCUUCUCAUUAUCCUCGAAACCAACCGAAGAAAAGCUCAGGAACAGAGGAGACAGCAAAUGGAAGCUUCUGUUAUGACAGAUGUGGAUCAACACGUACCUGAAGUUCCUCUCACAAGAACUGCUAGCACCUGAGACAUUAAUAAUUGAACUGGUUGUGUAGCCAGUUUGUCAGAUUUGGAAGCACAGUAAGUUUUAAUGAUUUAUCAUCAGAUAUCAGCUGCUUGAAGAAGUAACUUGCAGAUAUGUUAGCAGGGAUUAAAUUUUGGUUUCAAUCAUACUGAGGUCAUUCAGAACAUUCAGCCAUCUCAAAGACACAAUCUGUUUGAUGCUAUGACUGGAAACUUAUUUCAUCCGGUAAUCUGGAAACUCAGUGUUUGUUUCAUCUUACAAUGAAGGCAAUGAGAUUGAAGGUUCGUACAGAUCCUCCUCAUGAAUUUGAAUUAUGAGGAUUUGAGAAUCACUUUUCAGGCAAAUUGCCAAGAUGUCAAGAGUUUCAACAAUGUAGUUACGAACCGUCCGAAUAUAUGGCUCCUUGUGUGGUCCUAAUGUAAUUUUACCUGUUUAUCUAUCACUUCAAUAUUAUUCUUUCUGAUUAUUAAAUGUAUAUAAGAAACAAAUUUGUUACUUGAAAUUCGUCAGAUUAUAGCUUUAGAAGAUCAAAUUUCA